GUUCUGUAUCGUAUUCUCCAAAAUCCCGAACUCAUCGAUGAGCUUUUGAAGGAACAGCAAGAAACUAUCGAAACCGCUGGAUUAGACCCUAACGGAAAGAGUAACGAGGUGCUUACAUACGAUACUAUCAAAGGCAUGGUUAAGCUGGAUAGUGUCUGCCGUGAAACAAUGCGCCUCAGGAACAGGUUUUAUGAUCUUCUUCAUACCAACAUCUGUGGAAAGAAGGUCGUAUUGAGUAAUGGUACCAUUAUUCCACCAGGUGGUGACGUUUUUAUCAACUCUUGGUACAACCAACGGAGCAAUAUCUGGGAAGAGAUGCAUAUAGAUGGUGAAGAUCGCGUAGAAUUCAAGCCUUUCCGUUACCUCGACACUGGUUAUUCAUCGAGUAAGAUUAGUGAUGACUAUCUAGUCUUUGGCAAAGGAAAACAUGCUUGCCCGUAA